CGCGAGCUUGGCUGACCAGGCGCUUCUCGUCCCCUCAGUCUCUGAGCGAGGAGUCGUCUUCCUCCGCGACCAAGACGUGACGCCAACGGAGAUGAAGGACCUGAUGUUGAGGAUCACAGAGCUGGCUGGCUGUCCUGAAUCAUCCGGCCUUCAUGUGCAUCCCCUGACGGAAGAGGGCAGCGAGCUUGGGGACCAGAUCUCAGUCAUCAGCAGUGAGAAGCAAAAAAAGGGGGGCGGCCUGACCCAUCAACUCUCCGACGUGAGCAGGUUUGCAUCUGCGGGUUGGCACAGCGACAUUACUUUUGAGCCGGUGCCCUCCGACUACGCGAUGCUCAAGAUCCACACACUGCCACCCACAGGAGGCGACACCCUUUGGGCCUCGGGCUAUGAAGCUUAUGACAGGCUGUCGCCGCCCAUGCGGAAAAUGCUCGAGGGCUUAACGGCCACGCACGAUGCCAAAUUCUUCCUUCAAGAGGCCGAACGAUUAGGCAACCCGUUGAGAAAGGGCAUCAGGGGAAACCCUCUGAACCAGGGUGAUGGCUUGACAGCGGUGCACCCUGUCAUCCGCACAAACCCUGUGACGGGCUGGAAGUCCGUUUAUGUGAACCGUGGCUUCACCAAACGCAUUAACGGCGUUACCAAAGAUGAGUCCGACGUGAUCCUUGCAUAUCUCUUCAACUUGGUCACGCAAAAUCAUGAUGCCCAGGUGCGCUUUAAGUGGCGCCAGAACGAUCUGGCUAUCUGGGACAACAGGAGCAUGUGGCACUGUGCUACCUACGACUAUGUCGAGGCGCGGGCGGGCGACAGGGUAUGUUCUCUGGGAGAGGCUCCAUAUCUCGACCUGGAGUCCAAGGGCAGGCGAGAGGAUCUCGGACUGCUGUAA